CCGGUUUUCUUUCCCCUUUGACCAUGUCGAAGGAUGGGCUGGUGGGCAGGCCGUCUGUAGAGCUGCGGGAAGGCACAGAAGCAGUGCAGGUCACUCCGGGCUCCCCUGGGGCCAGCAGGGGCAGAUGGCAGGUGGAGGCUGCGAUCUCAGCUCCAGGAUGGACAAACACAGCCAGAGCAUAGAAGACAGCCUGGAGGAGCAGAUUUGCCCUGAGCUCAUCUUCAGGCACUUCAAAGAAAAUAAGGUGGAGAUUGCAAGUGCAAUAACAAAGCCAUUCCCUUUCCUUAUGAGUCUCCGAGAUCGCUCCUUCAUCUCUGAGCAGAUGUUUGAAAAUUUUCAAGAAGCUUGUAGAAACCUGGUCCCAGUGGCAAGAGUGAUGUAUGAUGUCCUCAGUGAACUGGAGAAGACCUUUGACCUGUCACUUCUGGAAGCAUUGUUCAGCAACGUUCACCUGAAGACCUACCCUGAUUUAAAUGAGGUUUUCAGAAGCUUCCAAAAAGUGAUUGGUGACUUCUAUUACCAAAUCCAUGAAGAAGAGAUGCAGGAGGUGCUCAGUAUCGAGUCACGCCAGGAAGGAAGGAUAACCUUGCCAGGAGCUGGAGCCCCAGAGCACCUCAGUGACGGGGAGCAGAUGGACACAAGGGAAGAAGAUUCAUCUCAUGACCCAGAUGAUGAAUUAAAGACUCAAGAAACCACAAAUGAAUGUGCCCAAGAAUCUGAGCAAGAAGAGAGCAGUAAUACCUGUCCUGAAACAUGUGACAUGGAAGAGCCUCAGGAAGCCUUGAGGUCCCCGCCAAGUUGUGGGCCAGUUUCCUGUGAGCAAGUAGCUCUCCAAAGGACUAAUGGGGAAGAUGCCAAAGAAAUACCUAAAUCGCUGCCAGAUGGUGGGAGAGAGUCUUGGAAUCCUACUGUACAAAAGGAUGAAGAAGAAUCAGAAGAAAUGCCCAGGUUAAUACCUUAUGAUAGAGAAGAGACCUGUGAUUCCCAAACUCCACAAAAGGCUAAUGAAAGAGAACCAGAGAAGGAGCUCAGUCUAGUGGCAGAUGAAGGAGAAGGGGGCAGCCAUGCCUGUUUGGAAAUGUGUGGCAGAAAAGAGCCCGAGGAAGCCUCGAGCCUCCCGCCCACAUGUGGGCCAGAGAGCACUGCCUGUUUAGAAGCCUGUGCUGGAGAAGAGCCCCAGGAAGCUUUGAGCCCCCUGCAAAGACUUGGGCCAGUGUCCUGUGGUCCCAAAGCUCCCCAGGUAACUAAUGAAGAAGAACCGGAGGAGGUGCUCAGCCAGCUACUGUGUGAUGAAGAAGAGGACAACAGUCCUUGUUUAGAAAUGUGUGAUGGAGAAGAGCCCCAGGAAACCUUGAGGUUACCACCAGAAAGUGGGCCAGGUGAGGAAGUACCUGGUGAACUAGAAGAUCAGCAAGAGAAUGAGGAAGGAAAAUCAGAAGAGCUUACUUCUAGCCCAGCGUGCUAUGAUGAACCAGGAGCAGAGCAACCAGGAUAUGGAAAUGAGAAGUGUCCCUGUGUCAUGUGUUUCUCAAAAGAUGUGCCAGGAGGCCCAGAAGCAAGGACAGAAACUGGCCAAGCAGGCGGCACGAUGGAUACUGUGGAUAUUGCAAAUAACUCUACUUCUAGAACACCCAAGAGGAAAAGAAAAAAAAAGAAAGGGCAUUCCUGGACCAGAAGAAAAGGGACACAGCAGAAAAAAAUACGCCAAAAUGAUAACACCCCAGCUGGUGGUCAGUUGGUGGCAAGUAAAAAGAACAGGAAUCUCCGAGGCCCUGCCAAGUUUGGAGGGAGAAAGAGAAGGAGACCUAGAAUGCUCUUGACUCAGAAUAAUAGAACCCCACAGAAAAGAGUCCGAUCAAAAGCCUCAAGAAUGCACGGAAAUGAAACUGUGGAUUUUGAGGCUCCUUUACUUCCUGUGACCUGUGGUUCGGCAAAGGGUAUUUUACAUAAGGAGAAAUUGAAACAAGGAUCCUGGGUGAAGUGUAUACAAAGUAAAGGCGGACACUGGCUGACCCCUGGGGAAUUUGAAAACAAAGGCGGCCACGCAAGAGCAAAAUCCUGGAAGAUGAGUGUGCGCUGUGGCGGGUUUCCCCUGCGAAAGCUGAUUGAGGAUGGAUUUCUACCCAAUCCUCCACGAAUACAUUGGCGGAGAAAAAAGAGUGCAGUGAAGUCUAACAACAAUACCUUAGCUGACCCUUAUCUGGGAAACCUGGAUGAAUGCGAGGUGUGCCGGGAUGGAGGGCUUCUGUUCUGCUGUGAUACUUGUUCCAGAGCCUUCCACGAGGACUGUCACAUCCCGCCUGCGGAAACUGAGAGGACCCCGUGGAGUUGCAUCUUCUGCAGGAUGAAGGAGUUUUCAGGAAGCCAACAGUGUCACCGGGAAUCCGAGAUCCUGGAGAGGCAGAUGGGGCCCGAGGAACAGCUGAAAUGCGAAUUCCUCCUCUUGAAAGUCUACUGCUGUUCUGAGAGCUCCUUUUUCGCCAAUAUUCCAUAUUAUUAUUAUAUUAGAGAGGCUUCUCAAAGCCUGAAGGAACCCAUGUGGCUGAACAAAAUCAAGAAAAGGCUGAAUGAGCAGGGUUACCCCCAGGUGGAGGGGUUUGUGCAGGACAUGCGCCUCAUCUUCCAGAACCACAGGGCAUCCUACAAGUACAACAAUUUUGGCCAAAUGGGACUUAGACUGGAGGCUGAAUUUGAGAAGAAUUUUAAGGAAGUGUUUGCUAUUCAGGAGACAAAAGAGAACAGUUGACUGGUGUGGUGGAUGCUGAAGAAGUCCAGGACAUGGGGCCCCCAGAGUAUGCUGCUGCUCACGUCAAACUGGGGAAUAGCAAAUGCAGAGAGGGG